AUGGCCGCUAAUGGGAAAGCAAGCAAGCAAAUCGCCAUUACUGGCAGCUACCAAGUUCUGACUGUCAAUAAGGAAUGGAACGUGGUCACUAUUGAGGAAAAGAGCACCCAGGGGGCAUGGAAAACCAUUUGGAACUACGAAAGGGGCCUUAUUGCAAGCAAAGUGCCAGCAGAGAGAGCUUGCUUCCUUUCCAGAAUGGACAGAAAGGAGAUGCCCAGCAUGGAUGCACUUGCCAGACUGGCUGAAGAGAACAGGAUCCUGCAAGGUCAAGGACAACCUAAAAAGCAGAUGACAUUCAUCAUCAAGAGAACCAUCCGUGACGUCAAGUCUUACGGACUAGACAUCUUCUCUAUGUGCAGAGGACUCACAACCUACAUCGCUUACAGAGAUCACAGACCCCAGUAUAGACCCAGCCAAGAAUCAUGCACUAGACUUGACGUCCUGCAUAUUUUGGGCCUUAACUACUGUUACAGCAAUAACAGGGCCUGAAAAAUCUUACCUUUCUUGCACCAAGUACAGAUGCUUGAUAGCUGCUGCACGAAGCCAGCCCCGAUGCUGCUCUUCCCUGGCGUCUCCUCUUUUGAGAGUUUUCUUGAUGAUACAGAUGCUGAAACAGAUCAACUGAUGACCACAUCUUUCAAUUAAAGACCUUUAGCAUG